AUGGAUUUGGCAGAGUUUGGAAUUGGGGAGUGCACGGUGGAGAAGGGACCAGAGUUGGCCUUCUCCGAGGAAUGGACUCUUGUGGAGCGGUUGCUCAAUUCGAUCUGCGUCGACAGAGUAAGUCACGAAACCAGCCUACGAACAGAGGACUGCAUCGUGUUCCAAGAUGUCUCCCUCUUGCCCUCUGACGAUCUCGAGUCCCUGGAGAAGUUGCCCAAGCCCAGAUGCGUGGGCACUCUCGUCAUCACCAAACACGAGCUCAUCUUCGCAGAUGAAAAGGAAACUCAACUGAGCCAGAAAAAGCAUCGGCUUCCUCACGAGACAGAUUCCUCCAAGCUCCCCCUCCACAUGAUCGCAAGGCUCGACAGGAACAAGCAACUGCCCACCAUCCUCGACAUUCGUUGCAAGGAUCUGCGCUUGAUGCGAAUUCGGUUCAAGGACGCCAACUCGAGCAUCAGCGUGUGCAACCUCGUGCACACGCUGUGUGCGAACCGAACCGAGUUCUUCGCCUUCCACAACAAGGAGGAGUUCCGAGGCACCACCAACGGCUGGGACGUCUUCAACUGGUCGGAGGAGUUCUUCGUGAGGCAGGGUCUUGGACCCGAGUGGAAGCUGGUCGACGACGUGAACGAACACUGGCAGCUCUGUAGAACCUACCCGAGCCAGUUUGUCGUUCCCGCCUCUGUCAAGCCUUGCACGGCAAAGUUCAGAAGCCACAACCGUUUCCCUGCCCUGUGCUGGCACCACCCCCUCAACAAAGCCACUCUCUCCCGGUGUAGCCAGCCCAUGCGAAGCAUCGCCGACGAGCAGAUGGUCAAAGCGAUCGCCGAUCUCAACCCAAAUGGCAAAGUGAUGUACAUAAUCGACUGCAGGCCUUGGGUCAACGCUUAUGCCAAUGCUGCGAGAGGAGCGGGCACUGAAAAGUACGAUCCCCACGAGUGA